AUGAAAAGUAUUCAUCUAAUCCUUAAUUGUCUUAUUAUACUUACACAUUAAUGUUCUAAUUUAAUGGACAAUUAACUUUUCAUAACAUCAACUCCAAGUGAAAUAAUAAAUAUUCCAUUGUCUCAGAUUUUCAUUUAAAAUGAUUAUGAUUAGAUCACAUUUUAGCCUGAAGUAAAUUUUUUAGCGAUUACAUCUCCUUUAUAAGAAAUAGAAAAAAUUUCAAAUCAUAGGGUGAAAGGUUAAACGAUUUCGAUUAAAAUGUUAAAAUUAACAACAAGCAUUGAACCAUAACAUUUAAUGGCAAUUCUACGCUUUAGUGAAGGAAAUUAUUAUUGCGAAUAUGACUUAAAAUAAUACUCUGCAUUUCCUCUUUUAGAUGCUGUAUUCCCAAGCACAAGUAGAGCAAAUUCAUCAUGCUAUGAUAUUGUUUUGAUGAGAACUUUGGUUAUUAUAGAAUGUUCUUAUACUAAUGGAGAUUACUUUAGUAUUUUAACAGUUAAUCAAUCACCUAUAGUUUACUUGGCUAUAGCGAAGCCAAAAGAUUCUUUUAGAAAAUUAGAUAUGAUUGACUCAUACCUAAUCAGAGGUACUAUAGAUAAAUUAGAACUUUAUGAAGAAAAACAAUUAACUCUUUAACUUAUAAAUAGCUUAGACUAGGAUUCUCUAAGAAUCUUAUUAAAUGAAGAAUCUUUCUAAUUGUAAAUAAAAGAUUUUUAAACUCAUACAAAUGGAUGGAUUAGUAUAAUGAAUGAAUCUGGGGAGUUAAUUAUUUUAUAGUAUAAGGAUGAUUAGUGGUUAUUGGUUAGGUGUAUUGAUACGUAGAUAACAAGUGUUUAUUCAUAUGAUUUAGACGUCUAUAGAAAUAUUUAUGUAAUUCUUUCAGAAAAGUAGCUUUUCACAAAAACAAUAAAUUCCCAAAAAUUAACUUCAAUAAUAAAUUCUAAGCCUACAGAUAAGGUGUUUUUACUAAAAAGUUCAAUCUUAUUGUUUUCGGAUAAAUCUAUAGCCCUUUAUUCUUAAGAGUUAUAUAGAUUUUAUUCAACAAUUUUAACUGAUAUAAAAUAUUAAAUCUCUAUACAUUCAAAUUCUGAUGGAUUCUUAAUUAUUGAUGAUGAAUAUUUUUAUAGAUAUGCUGUGAAAAAAGAUUAUUAAUUAUAAUUUUCAGCAGGUACUCUUCCUGUUGAAACAAUUUAUAGAAUGACUAAUAUUGUAUCAAAAACAAAUUGUAUCGUCAAAAUUUAUUAUAUGGCUGUUAGUCAUGAAUCAAAAUAAAUAUAUUACACUUAAUUACCUUAAUCUUUUAUUGCUCAAAGUAUUUUUCAGGAUAAUGUGGAUGUUAAGUUGAACCCUAUUUUUUAAGGAUCAAAUUUAAAAUUUGAAUUUAAAGAACAUGAUUUACUAAAUUUAAAAGUGGAAUAAUUUUAAGCAUUUGAAAUCUUAAACAUAGGUGAUAUAUCAGAUGUUAUUUAUAGAAAAUCAUUAUCAAAUUUAAAUAAUUAAAAUAUCUAAAUCAUUUAAUAGCAUAAUGAUAAAUAAAUUAGUGGAUUCACUUGUGAAGUUUUAUCUAAACUUAAAUUAAAUUGCCAAUCCAUUUUUGUUAAAAGAUAAUUUGAAUAAUUGUAAGACUCUGAUAAAUAACUUUGGUGGUUUAAUAAUAAUUCCAUAUUCUUAGCUAUUCUAUAAGGUUCAACUAUUAAUAUUUAUUGUGUUUACUAUUAAUAGAAUAAAUUUGAUCUAUUGAAAACUAUUAUUUUAGAUGAAAAUCCUAAAUAAAUAGUUACUGAUGGUUAUCAUUUAUUAGUUAAUUUGGAACAAUCUAUCAAAAUCUACGAAAUAACUGUUGAAAAUAAUGUAAUAUUGCUACAAACCAAAAAUAUUAUAGGAGAUAUGUAUGCAUCUCCAGUUAAAUAGAAUCUUUUUUUUAUGGAGUAAAACGGAUAAUUAAAAAUAUUCUCAUUUGAAUAGUAGAAGUUUAAUUUAAUUUGGUUCACAACAGAUAUCAGUAUUAAUUAUAAUGAGAAAAAUUUUAUAAUUUUAAAAAAUCAUUUUGCAAGAUUGAUCAAAACAAAAGAUGAACAAGAAUAUAUUGCAACUGUAUUCAAUUUUUAAAGUUUAAAUAAUAUCUACUUAGAGAAAUAAAUUAAAUUUGAUAAGAAUUUUAUUAUUAGAUUAACAUAAAUAGAAGUUAAUCUAUAGUAAAACCUAUUUUAUAUAGUUAGUUUAACUAAUGAAAAAUACAAUCUACUAAUAUAUAAAAUUGAUGAAACAAGUUUUAAUUCCAUGUUUGCAAGUCUAGAAUAUACAUCAACUGCUAAAUUCUCAAUUUCUAAUGCUUAUUGUUUUAUUACUGAUGUAACUGUUAAUAAUUAAUUACAAUAAAAUUAUUAUAUCACAGGAGAAAAUUUUGUUUAAUCUAUAUUAAAGGACAGUAAUAAGUAGAUUUAGUAUUCUAAAGAAAUAAGUUUAAUUUUGACUGUUAAAAACGAUAGAUAAAAUGUAAUUAUUUAUUUAAAUAUUCCUGCUGUAAUAAUUAAUAGAGGGGUUUCAUUAUUUUAGACUAAGGAUUCACUAAAUUUAACUUUUAAAUAAGAUAGUACUUAGAUCCAUUGUUUAAAUUUGGAUUAAUCUUGGUAUAGUGGUUAAGCAUUUGAUAUAACAUAGAAUAAAGAUUAAGAAAAGAUAAAGUAUAUCAAUACAUUAUCAAAGUAAAUUGAAACUUUAGAGUUUAGUCCAUUUAUUUAAGAAUUGAAUUCUGAAAUGUUAAUUUAAUUGAUGGAGGAUAAAAUUAUCUUAGUCAAAAAGUCUGAUAUGACUAAAAAGGAGUUUACCAUUUAAAAUACAUAUAAGAUUAACAAAUUAUUAUUUAUUCAAGAUCAAAAUAUAUAUGUUGAAGCAGAAAAAAGAACUUUAAUUUACAUAAAAAUUAUAUAAUGUUAGGAUUCUAUUUGCAAUCUAUUAAAAGAUGAAUUACAAUUCCCAACAAGUAUUAAUAAAGUAUUUAUUGAUAAAAAUAAUUUCUUUAUCUAUUCAGUUCAAACUAUAUUUGUUUAUGAUACUAAAGGAAAUCCAUUAAUGGUAUCAGAAUAUGAAUAAUUCAAAGAAUUUACUCUUUUUUAAAAGCCAUUUUUUCUUGAAUUCUAGCAUUUAAAAGAUAAUAUCUAUUAGGUAAUUUUUGUGGAUUUAAGAGGAAACACAUUUUUUAAUAAUUUCGAAGUUUCUAAAACAUCAAGUGAUAAUUAGGAUUUUGCUUUAGAUAUAGUUGAUAUUUUAAAGUAGAAUAAAUUAUAUGUAUCUAUUAAUUCAUUCUGUGUGGGACUAAUUUUAAGAAAAGAUGAAAUAAUAAUUGUAUACAAUAAUAUAGCAACAUUUUCAUUUAAAUUUUAAUUUGAUUGCACUGGAAAGAAAUUAUGUGAUCUCAAAUAUUUUGAAUUGAACGGUGUUUAUUAAUAAUAUGAAGGAUGGAUUAUUGUUAAUAUCUAUCCUAUAGUAUAUACAAAUGAAAAUAUUCUAUCAAUGGUUUAUUGGGCAUAUAAUCAUUUUGAAAUAUUGCUAUUUGAUUUAGAAACUGAAAGCAGUAUUGAAUAUCCUAAAUACGCUAUUGCCCAUUUGAAUACCCCAUCAGGUGAAGAACCUGGAGAUUUUUUUUAAAUUUAAUCAUUUAUCUAUUUAUAAAAUGAAAUAUUGCAUUUAUUGGCUUCAACUGAAGAAUAAACAAAAUUACAGCAUUAUUUAUUAAAGAGGUCUCCAUAAGUUUGUACUACAGAAAAACAAAUUAAUUAAAUUAUCCAUUUAACUUUGCAUAAUUCUAUCUCAAGUCUUGAAGCAAAUUUGAAUAUCACUAUUUCAGAAGAUAAACCAAAACCUCCAACACCUCCUAAUGAUGAAGAUUCAAAUAAUUUCCCUAUUUGGGCUAUUGUCUUAAUUGUUAUUGGAAUAUUAACCAUUGGUUUUCUUAUAUUCUAUUGUUGGAAGAAGAGUAAGGAUAAGGUUUAGGAUAAUAAAUUAUUAUUAGAAUGA